AAUACCUAAAAUGUAGCUAUAAGUUAAAUGCAAUGAAUAAUCAUGGACAUUCAGAAGACCUCUGGCUGAACUAUCCAUUAAGAAAAUAGUAAAAAGACUUCCAUAUAGAAUAAGUAAUCUCCCAAAUUUAUUCACACUUCAAUAUGAAGACUUUGAUGGAGAUAUGAUUGAUGUCACAUGUGAUGCUGACUUAUAAACUAUAAGGGAAUGUUAAUUCAAUGAUUAAGUUGUUACAUUGUAAAUAUUUAUUCAUUUAUUCAAGAUAUGUACAAGAAGUUUAAUAAGGUGGAUUUAAGAAGGAAUAAGUAUGUCAUAGAAGAGAAAAUAGAAAAGAACAUAUUAAAUAAAUUGUGAACCAAAGAGUCAUGGAACUAAUUCCUGAAAUUACUAAACAAGUCAAACUAUCAAUGGCAACUGAUGAUAUUUAAAAAAAAAUAGAAACAUUAUCAAUUCAAAAUACAAGCGUUAAUGAAGUCAAAGAAGUUAAAUAAGUAGUCCAUGAGAAAGUAGCUUGUGAUGGAUGUGAAAUGUUCCCUAUUGUAGGUACUAGAUAUAAAGUAAUUUAUUCAAAUUAUAAUAUAGUGUGCUGUAUGCAAAGACUUUGAUUUAUGUGAGAAAUGUGAAGAUCUAGGAACCCAUGAACAUGCUAUGUUAAAGAUUAGAAAACCAGAAUAAGCUCCUUCAAUUAUCGUAACAGCUAUUGUAUUUAAAUAUUUAAAUAAUUAGGGUGAUAAACCAGAUUUACCAUAAGGAAAUAUCUUAAGAAGCUAAAUCUAUUAAAUGCUUUAAUCAAUGCAUGUUCAAGAUUAUACAUCUAUCCCAUUCCAAUCAGAUAUUUCAUCAAUUUAAUAAGAAUAAUAAUAAUAAUCAUAAUAAUAAUAAUAAUAAUAAUAAUAAGGAACUAAUUUAAAUAGAUCCACUAAUCCUAUUAUUAUUGAAUUGUGUGAAUUAUUGGCAAUUAGACCAGAAGUAGCUGAAACAUUGAGAGAUUUGUUCCCAAAUUAAAGUGCUUAGGAAAUUAUGGAAAUUAUUGGAGAUGACCUAGAAUACUUAAAUUCCCUUCAAAGAUCAAUCAUUUGAUAUAU